GCAGCCCGCGGGUGGUGUUGAGCCAGAUUGCGACCAGGAUGUUCGCUGCGUAGCCGAGCGUCUGGCCAAGGGCCAGGCGGAUAUUGCUCUCAAUGCUCUAGCUCGCGCCGACCAGACGCGAAGACGACGAUAGAUGCAUCUUGCUGCCGCUCUGGGGUAGCUGCGGUCCCAGUGUUUCACGAGGCAUGUGGCUCUGUAUUGAAGACCGUCACGGGUGCCCUGUUGUGUUGCGCGCCCGGCGAGUCCGGAGCAUACGAGGCCUCGCCGACCAGGUCCCUCGCCGCCCUCUUGCCAUGGCCAUGUCGACUUUCAUCCGGCACUUCUCCCGCAUAGAUGAGACUGAGUAUCCGGCUGCGGCGUCUGCUCGCUGGCCAUCCGCUCCACCCGUUGGCUUGUCCAGGGCGUGUCUUUGUUCACAUGGCCGUGAAGGAUGGACAGACAAUAGCUUGCUCGAGGCGCCGCCCGGAGAAGGCAGCGACGGGCGCGUCUUUGCGCUGGGGGUGCCGAGCUCCAGCGCAUCCAUGGCGGGCGAACCGCCCCUCACGGCUGGAAUGCGCUCCGUGCUGCUGCAGGGCCUUGAGGACUCGGCCGCAAGUCCACAUUGCCGGAGUCGUGAGCUUGCUGACUGUGCGGCGGAUCGUGCAGUCGGUGUCCUUGCUGUCCCCUGUGCGCUGGUCCUGACCAUGAAGUGGUCUCGCUCAGCGCAUGAAUCGCAAUCUUGACCCUCCACAACGCAUGGUCCACAUCCAGGGGAACUGCACGUUGUGGCACCGACACCCGGGGGCUGCUGUGGCGUGCGGCCGCGUCGGAGCACGCUUCUGCCCUACUUCGCGCAUGCCAUGCUGAGUGCGCCGCGGGCCAUGGAGGCGUCGGGUUAGUAUCGCGAAGUCUACGCAAGAGAGCCAACCAGCCACGGGCCCGUCGCAUGCUACCCGUGACGGCGCUGCCCUUGCCGAGCGGC